CCAUGUUUAAUCAUCUAAAACAAAAUGCUGUCAGGUUACAGGCAAGACACUGAAGGGAGGAGAUAUCAAAUAUUAUAUUUGAAUUUCCGAUCCAGCUCAAAAGGCUUUGCUCUCUGACAGUGCUGUUCCAUGCAGGCAAACCAAAGGAAGGCAGCUCAUGGUGGAGUGUCCUCAGUCUGGCUGUUUUUUUGUUAUCCAGAGUGCUGCUACAGACAUCUCUCAACCUCACGCUAAUCUUUGUGCUAAAACUUCUUCAGUAUUGCCCCAGGCGGUUAUCCUAAUCCAGCCACUGUGUAGGACCUCUGCAGCAGCUGGCAGCUCCUCUUCCAUCCGCUGGGGAACAGAACUAGAAGCCGUUUCCUCCAUUCUUCAUUAGAAGAGAUUAUCUGUCUCCUCUCCUCUGGUCCUUCUUUUUGCUCAUUGUUGCUGGUUCCAAAUGAUAAACCUAUACUUCACAGCAGCAAAAGGGAGAGGAUAGCAAGUUUGGAUGACUAGGUGAAAAGUAGAGGUGCUUCUUUCCCCAGGGCUCACUCUCCCCUCACCUCCUCCAAGGGGUGGGGAUGCCUUGGUGCUGGAGGGAUUAAUCAGAGAGCAGAAAUCAUCUCAGCCUUCAACUGCUGCUGAGAGUUUUCUGUGGACUCUAGAAGCCCCUAGCUUAGCUGUGGCAGCCUCGGAAACAUUCGAGUUUCAUCUGAACCAAAGCGCACCGAUAUUCCUUCAAUUCCACCUCCUCAGACUCGUCAACGUCUUGGCAUCCCACCCUUUGCCGUUCAUUUAACUUUCUCUUUAUAAUUAUUUUAAGUCAUUACUGCAUAUAGUUUUUAUUUUCUUUCUGACACAUCGGAGGGGGACCACAUAGUUGGGAGGGGAUUAGUGGGGUAAGAAUGGAGCGCUUUGAUUAGAGAGCACAGGGGAGAAGAUUGCUCUCUCCAGAUGCUGAUUUCCAAAGCACUUGACAAUCACAGGCAGAAGCCGAGAGAAGACGGCUGUGGCCGCACCUGCCCGAGGGCAGCUCGAGCUGGGCACUGAGACCUGCCCAACGCGCCCGGAGACCCACAAAUGCGCUGAGGCAUUGCCGCGACCUGUCCUCCGCCCCCCCCCCCCCCCCAUCCUGUGGCCAGGAAGGAAGCCCUCCGAUCUGCCAACAUCUCACCCAGGAGGCGGGCAGGGCAAGGAAGCUGAGCUAGUGGUGGUGGCGACCCCGAGAGGGCUCCAGCGACACGAGGUGACCUACAGCCACAGCCCUCUGGAUUCCGAAGCAGCCGAGACCUCCAGUUCCCAGGCUGGCCCUGCUGUGUCCCGGGAAUAUCUACGCGCCUAGUCCAAGCUCAGCAGACUGGGCGAUGGGUCCUAGUGGGCACUGAGCAGCCUCACCUCUGUCCCCAGUCCCUCCAGACUGCCCCUCCCUCCGCUUCCCUCAGGGCGAGCAGCUGUCUGCACCGCCCCUUUCCUCUCCAGUGCCCUAGGCUCCCCUAGCUUCUGUCCCUCCCUUCCUGGGACCCAUUCCCUGGGCCACCAUGGCCGCGGCCAUCGCCAGCGGCUUGAUCCGCCAGAAGCGGCAGGCGCGGGAGCAGCACUGGGACCGGCCCUCUGCCAGCAGGAGGCGGAGCAGCCCCAGCAAGAACCGCGGGCUUUGCAAUGGCAACCUGGUGGAUAUCUUCUCCAAAGUGCGCAUCUUCGGCCUCAAGAAGCGCAGGUUACGGCGCCAAGAUCCCCAGCUCAAGGGCAUAGUGACCAGGUUAUAUUGCAGGCAAGGCUACUACUUGCAGAUGCACCCCGAUGGAGCUCUCGAUGGAACCAAGGAUGACAGCACCAAUUCCACUCUGUUCAACCUCAUCCCUGUGGGACUGCGCGUCGUUGCCAUCCAGGGAGUGAAGACAGGGUUGUAUAUAGCCAUGAAUGGAGAAGGUUACCUCUACCCAUCAGAACUUUUUACCCCUGAAUGCAAGUUUAAAGAGUCUGUUUUUGAAAACUAUUAUGUAAUCUACUCAUCCAUGCUGUACAGGCAACAGGAGUCUGGCAGAGCCUGGUUUUUGGGAUUAAAUAAGGAAGGGCAAGUUAUGAAAGGGAACAGAGUAAAGAAAACCAAACCAGCAGCUCAUUUUCUACCCAAGCCAUUGGAAGUUGCCAUGUACCGAGAACCAUCUUUGCAUGAUGUUGGAGAAACGGUUCCGAAAGCUGGGGUGACGCCAAGCAAAAGUACAAGUGCAUCUGCAAUAAUGAAUGGAGGCAAACCAGUCAACAAGUGCAAGACCACAUAGCCAGAUCCUCAGGUGUCCUGACUUACUUGUCCAGAGCACAGUGGAGAGAUUUAUCCUUACUAGACAUUCCUGCUCCUGUGGUUGAAGAGCCCCAGCAAGCAAGCUGAUGCUUGUUCUAUGCUCUCUCAGACCUCCUUUAUCGCAAGUGGAUAAAUCUCAACCUGUGGUUCCCCCCACACCAAGAAGACACCUGGACAAACCAGCUAAACUCAGACCAUGGAAUGCCCUACCAGAUAUGGAAUGCCUUUUUAAUAUCUUUUCUGUGACUGUGACACUUCAUGUGAAUGACAUACUUCACAAGUACACUCAAUACCUUGCCUGCUGACAGCUACCCAUAAUCCUUUUUGAGUUCUGUUUCAGCGAAAUCCAUGUGUUUAAGUUCAAUUUUGUAGCACACAAAUAAUAUUGAGUAAUUUCUAGUUAGAUGCUGUAAACCUGUGCUAUCAUGGAUUUCUAUUCUUCCCAUUUUUACAGGGCUGCUCGCUCCACUGUCUGUGACCUUUAGCAGGAUUGUGUUCCUCUGAAUCUUCAGUGUUGCAGUUGGUUUAGUUUGGAGAACAAUCAGGGAAUCAGGAAGCCUUCUAAACCUAUUAAUACAAAUUGUAUCUAUAAAGAUUAAGGUUGUCUUUGGCUCACAUUACCGAUUAAACACACAUAUAUGCUCUGUCCGGUAGGAGACACUAUGCUCCCAAGGUGGACAUGCCUGGGUGGAGCAAGGGUCAAACACAAUCCAUGGGAAGCUCUCUAUGACAGGUGUUUGGCAUCCCCUCUAAGUUUCUUUCUGUGUGUAUGUGUGUGUGUGUUUUAUACAUAUCACAAGCUUACUGGUAAUGGUAACAUUUGCCUUGCCCAGCGAGCAAGACCCACUUGGUUUUUGAGAAAGUGGGUCCAAAGUAUUUUGUAGGCCUUGUAGGCCUGAUUAAGGUUCAUUUUUUUUCAUCUACUAAUCCUGGUUAUUGGGAAAAAGGAAAAAUAAAAAAACAAAUCAUCACAACCUAUAAGAAAUAUGCUACCUAAAUCCAUUUCUGACCCACUCCUUCCUGUUUUUAAUGAAGAUAACUCAAUGCCGCCCCUGAUUUGGGCUGCAUUCCAGUUAUCCUCAGCAGAGCAUGGGCAAGGCGGCUGUUGUGUUCUUUCUGCAGCAGCAAUGCACACGUUAGUAUAAAUUAGACUUUAAUAUUUUUGUUGUUUAAUGACAAAUUUUUAAACUGGACAUACUAAGGAAAAUUCCUUUUUUUUUUACAGCUUAGCAUGCUGGGUCUGGUACUGUGUGUCACCAGUAUAUACCUCUAACUCAGCUCUGUGGGGUCCAACAGGCUGGGUUUGAGGUGACUUGCCAAGAUAUCAGAAUGUGGUCUGUUGAGUACCAUAAAUAAAGCUAAAGACAAACCAACACACUCCAGCAUUGGGAUUCGGGCCAUUAAUUUAUUUGAUUUUGUUUUCUUUUGCUUUUGUAAUUUCAUUUUGAAUUGAAUUUUGUUGAACUCCAAGUUUAGGGGUACUAAGAAAGGCUGUGAAUUGAUGGAGAAACAGUUUGAAGACUCCAUACAAAACAUUCAAUACCGGAUAUAAAGAGCUUCAAAAUGUUUAAUACUGAACUGUUUGAAAGUAUAUUUGUUAACUGUGUGUACACAAUAAAAUUCUAUGUUUUCUUCUCAGAAAAGCUCAUUGAGACCAAAUUGAACCUCUUUUAUAGAAAACAAUCUAUGUGGUAUCAAUGUACUGGCCUCUUGUUAUUAUUUCCAUGUGGCAGAAUGACCUAGAUGCCAUUUGCCCCCAUCUGCACUGUGCUUACUGGGAAAUUAUUUUCUCACUGAUUUCAUGAAUCUCCAUGACAGCCCUUGCCCAACAUAGAAAAAUUUUGGUCUGCUUAGCUGAUUAAAGAUUCAGUAUAAAUUUAACUGUUUAUGCUUAUUUCAUUUUCAUAUUGGAUUCCAUUUUAGUAAAUAACCAUUAGCAUAAUGUUUGACUAGAUUUAUUGUCAAUAAUGCUAAAUUGCAAAUACAAAAAAUGACUCCUUUGACCACCACUGAUUUGGUGUUGUGCAUAAUUAGACAAAACCCAUUAACUGAUUAUUUAGGGAAGACUUACAUACCAUAAUAUGUGGUAAAAUGUGAAUAACUUGUAAUUCCUAUUAGUUGGCCUUAUAGACACAGGUUAUACCCAUCCACAUGUACACACACGCUAAACUAGCCUACCUUUCUGGUUUUGGUAAUCAACAUUACUUGAGAUUUCUGUUCUCAAGACCUGGCUAGUGCUUAAAAUUAAGGCAAGAUUUAUUUUUGUAAACGAUUAAAAUUUAUGUUAUUGCUUCCCUCUGUUUUGUUUUCCAAGAGUUGUCAGUUGUCUAUGACAGAAUGUAUUAUUGUAAGUAGGUAUCCAAGUGGCUUCUUAUAAUAUAUGUUUAGAUAUAUCACAGAGGGGUCCUUGUUAUAUUCUUGAUUUAGUUAGGCCAUUUCCUUUGUGUCUGGUCUCACUUGUUGCAUGGGAAGAGGAAAGCAUCAAAUGAACUGCAUGUACUAGGACCCAUGUAUCCAGAAACACUGAUAUGUAUUUUUUGAUUUACAUACAGAGAGCUUGUCUGUAUUGUACAAUUUGUGUUUCUUACCCUUUGUUGUAUUUACAGAUACAACAUAUCAAAUAAAAUACUCAUAUGAAAGCAUAUGGAAACCAUCAAAUAACUUUAUGUAACAAAAUGGCAUUUUAUCACCCCAAAUAUAUUCUCUGUAAAUAAGAUGAUAAACUCAGUUUUCCCCUUACCAUGCCAAAGAAAAUUUUAGCUCUUUGAUGAUACCUCUCUUGCUAAUUUUUUGGAAUAAGAUCAUCAUUCCUUCCCUCAGAAAUUAAGUUUGCUAUUAUUAAGUACAGUCUGUCAUCACUGAUGUUCUAUAUAGUAAAUCUGAUGGAACACAUUUGUAUUUAUAGACUGUGUGUUUUAUAUCUCCCUGUAUGUAUAUCCAUUGUAUCACAUCUCUAGAAGACCCAUUUCUUCUGCAUGCAUAUCUGGUGGGGGAGAGAUAGUUCUACCAUCUUGUGAUGGUAGCUGAUUGCUUUGCCUAUCCAUCAACCGUGCUCAUUAAUAUUAGUCCUUUACAUAACUCAAGUGACACAAUUUUUGUUUCCAAUAAGUUUACUUCCUGAAAUUUCUUACUAUUUUCCCAGGAAAUAAUUAUGGAAGACACUCAAACAGUCUGUCCUGUGUGAAGAGUAACAGGGAAUUGGGUACACUUUCUUGAUGUAUUUUGGAGAAUUUGGAAUCUUGUUUUAAGUGUUUGCUUGUCCUGAGUGCUUUGGGGGUGAGGACUAGCUCCAUAAAGGAUCCCACGACUUUUGCUCUAGUCUUUCUACUUAUUGACUUUCUAGCAAGUAAACAGAAUGUAUCAUACAUAACCACUUAAUUAAUUAUUAAACUACUAAACCAUCUUUUUUCUAUCUAGAGUGACCAAUAUCAGAUUUGGUAUUUUAAGCAAAAACUAAAACAACAAAAAUUCCUUUGUUGCUCCUUAAAGUGAAUAUGUAUUAUUUUGUUAAAAAUUUCUUCCAAAUAUUUCAAGGAUAAUAGAUGUUUGAUAUCCCUCAAAGAAGGAGUGUGAGACUAGAGUGGUCAAGUUUCAAUUUAGAAUAAACUUAAAAUAGUGAGAAAUUACUUUAAUUUUAUUUUAGGAAACAGCUAUACCAUAGGGAAACAAUUAGGCUAAAUGCCCAAUUAUUCUCUGAAUUAUAAACUUAGUCAAAUACAGAAUGUAAAUUGUGUUGUUCUAAAAUAAAGGACAUCGGUAGUUAAGGGUUAGGCUUAAAAAGUGACACACAGUGCUAUAUGCUAUGUGAGUAUCUAGAAUACUGUGUUGGUUUCAAAGUUGUGACAGUUGAGUUUGCAAAUUAAGACUGUUGUAUUUUUGUUUCCCUUUGUUUGUGGUUCUCAUUCAGUCUAAUUUUGAUAUCUACUGGUGAGGUUGAGUUUGUACUUGAGCUGAUAGAGGUAAGUCAUUCCUUCCCUGGUGCUGCUGGAAUCCAGAUGAACUCAGGAUUCCUUAAAGGCAGUAGGAACAAUGGUUCUCUUCAUAUCUUGAGGACUUUUGUUGACUUUUAUAACUCCCCUGGAGGGAUCUUCAAUCAUGGUUUGUUAAACAAGUAGGGUGAGGAUCAUCACCACUGGUGAACUUAAUGCCAACCAUUCAAUUAUCAUGGGUCCCAGUGUAAUUUUUGAAAGCCACAAGCAAGCCAAAGAGAUUUGCUUAUUUUCUCUUAUUCAUUACAAAUUUGUCCUUGCUCAGCACUUUCAAUGAGGUAGUUUCUAUUUUGGAGUCAAAGUAUAGAAUCGUAUUUAGUUAGGAGAUAGAUUAUGUCUUUGCCUGUCACUAUUUUUUUAUUUUUCUUUUUAAACAAAAGUAUGUGGAAUUUUCACACACAUAUUUAUAUACUGAUGUUGGCAUGACAAGAGCCAAACACAGCCAGACAGCCAGACACACACACACACACACACACACACACACACACACACACACACACACACA